AAGAAGUCUUAUGUAAGACAAAUCCUUAAAUAAACAAAACCAGUUUGAGUUCUAUAAAUUACUAAAGCAGAUCUGGAUUUGUUGAUUUAUGUUUAUGUCAUGUGGUCCAAUGUUUACCAGACAAAUUCAGAGUUGUUUUCACUCUAAUAAUUGAACUUGGUGUUUUGCCAAGUUCAAAGUUCAUACAUUUUCAAUGUCUAAAGAUGUUCCUAUUCAUCUCCAUUACACUUUCAGUUUUUACCUUUAAUUACUCUGUUGACUAUGAAUUUAUCCGGAUCAGUUUUGGAACUAGCUUAUAAAUCACCUUGUUCAUUAUUUGUAGAAAUGGUGGCUGAAGAACAGAGAACAUGGCAGAGCAGGCUACACCUCUGGCUCCUGAUGCAGAUGCUCAGUUGUUGGAAUGGCCCAAGAAAGACAACCGCCGCUUGCUUCAUGCUGUCUAUUGUGUUGGUGAUCUCGAUCGCACCAUCAAGUUCUACACUGAAUGCUUUGGGAUGAAACUCCUGCGAAUUAGAGAUGUCCCAGAAGAGAAGUAUUCCAAUGCAUUCAUGGGGUUUGGCCCCGAGCAAUCUUCGUUCGUCGUCGAGCUGAUUUACAAUCAUGGAGUAACUUCAUAUGAUAUUGGUACUGGAUUUGGACACUUUGCCAUUGCUACUCAGGAUGUUUACAAAAUGGUUGAAAAUAUCACGGCCAAGAGUGCUGAUAGUAUCAUCAGAGAACCUUUUGAACUGAAAGGCAGCUCCUUUGUGCUGGCCUAUGUGAAAGAUCCUGAUGGUUACAUCUUUGAGCUGAUCCAAAGAGCUCCCACUCCUCAGCCACUCUGCCAUGUAAUGCUUCGUGUUGCCGAUUUACAACGCUCUAUCAACUUCUAUGAGAAGGCAUUGGGAAUGAGGUCACUUAAUAAGGUUGAGAGUGUUGAACACAAGUAUGCCAUAGCCAUUAUGGGGUAUGCAGAUGAGUCAGAGACAGUGGCGCUGGAGUUGACUUACAAUCAUGGUGUGACAGAACAUUCCAAGGGAAAUGGAUAUUCCCAGGUUGCUAUUGGCACAGAUGAUGUAUACAAGAGUGCUGAGGUUGUCAAUCUGAUUACCAAAGAGCUUGGAGGAAAGAUAACCCAGCAGCCCAGUUUGAUUCAUCCAAUCAAUGCGAAGAUUACCGAGUUUCUCGAUCCCGAUGGCUGGAAAAUUGUUCUUGUUGACAAUGAAGACUAUCUGAAGGAGCUGCAGUGAAGAAUGACUCUACCGACAGUGAAAACGUACUGUUGAAUCGACAAUCUUCGAAAAAUUUGGAGAUUUAUAAAUAUGAAAAUAUUUUAAGCAUUUCAAUUGGCUUGGAUUCUUUCGAGAUUUCAAACUGUGGUUUUUAUGAGAUACUGUUGGUAUUUGAUGUUUUCUUAUUAAAUAGUUGGGAUCAUUCUCAAUUUCUUUAGUCUAUUCCAAUUUGCAUGCUA